AUGGGCGCCAGCGUUAGCACACCAGUUCCACCUCCAGAGACCAAGUCGGCGCCUGACGGCUGUCCAGUUGACCACAAGACUCGAGAGAUCUGGCUGGCUCAGAACAAAAACCCCCCACCGCACAAUACUCCUUCUGAAACCCCUAAUGAACGUCCAGCUAAGCUUCAAAGGGCUCUUUCUACGGACCGCGAAGUCAGUAGUAUCCCACGCGCAUUACCAUCUAGCAAACCAGCUUCUGAACGAUCACCUCCUACAUCUCCAUACGCGCAACAACCAGCAGUAACGGUUGCAUCACACGGAAUACCCUCAAAUGCGGAAUCUGAAACGGGCACCGAUGGCAAAACCGGGAACUGGAUAUAUCCGUCUGAACGGCAAUUCUUUGAUGCGUUGAUGCGCAAAAAUAACACUCCGUCGUCUACCAAGAAUGCCACCGAACUCGCUACGUCUGUGGCAUCGAUAAUACCAAUACAUAAUGCUGUGAAUGAAAGAGCUUGGGCGGAGAUAUUAGAUUGGGAGUCAAAAGGGCCUGUGUCAGAUCCUGGAAGCACAAAAUGCGGCGGGCCAAAAUUAUACUCAUUUCGGGGAUUAGGUGCCGAGACUCAAUAUCUGAGCCCUCGUGCAAGAUGGAAUGGACUAUUGGGUUAUCAACUUCCUUUUGACCGGCACGAUUGGGUUGUUGAGCGAUGCGACGGCACAAGGUUAGAAUAUGUUAUUGACUUCUACCAAGGAAAGUCCGAUCGGAAGGGAGAUGGAGGGAAGCUGAACUUCUUUCUCGAUGUUCGGCCGAAAUUAAAUUCAUGGGAAGGUUUAAGAAUGAGAGCUAGCCGGUUCGUGGGCCUAUAA